AGACAACUGAUGUUAUUUUUAGCACACUGUCGAUGCUCUAAGCGGGGGGCGGAGGACCAUCACAACACCGCAGCGCAUUCAGGCGGCUGGAAUGAUGCAGUCGCAAGAAAAUGCAUAUUGCAAGUCAUUUUUUCGUAUAGGAGAUGUACUAUAAUUAGAACUGUUAAAGUUCACGCGAUAAUGUGUCAACUAUGAGUUUUUUUUAACAGCAAUAAUUUGCCGUGACUCUUUUUUUUAACCUCAAUCCAUUCCUUAUGAGUAAAUGUAAUACCGUUUAGUUACUGUUUAGCCAAAAGCUCAAAUAGUGAACAUCAAUACAUAAAUAAAGGGGACAAAAGAGGCAUUCUGCCAAAAAGACUUUUCUAUUUCAAGAUGACAUCAGUGGAGCGAAUACCUGCUGGAGCACUUUGCCGCUUGUAGAAGAGGACUUCACGUCGGUGUUUACAUUACAGGUGAGUGCAUUGAUAACAUAAUAUGUAAACAAUGUAAAAGUUUAAUAGAACUGCUUUAGUAAGAUGCAAUAAAAGCUCAGCAGAAAAAAAAGACCGUAGAAAGGAAGUCACUUUUAUCAGAGACUUUCGUCAAAACUUAUCAAGACACACUUCCGGCUUCACAAUGACAUCGCGAGUCACAUCCAGAUCAUCUCACAUUAAUAGUAUGCUCUGUCAAAUACAUUUUUAUGUAAUCUGAUAUUUCUACCUAAAUAUUAGUUUUCUAGCAGAUUGAAAUAAAAGUACAUUAUUUUAUAACCUGUUCUGAUUUAUAGUCUGCAUUUGCUGAUAACUUCAUAUUGUCUUUUUGAAAGUUAUCAGUCUUUGGAGGUUAUCCAUAAACAUUGUCAAACAAUAAGCUAUUUGCUUCAGGGAAAUUUAUUUUUUGUGGAUGUUCACGUGAAGUGGGUUGUGUUUUGUGGCCCAACUAAAGUACUUAGUGCAUGCAUGCUGGAAUGCCUUUCUGCUGCUAAGUAGUUAUUUUCAUGUUCUACCCACGUAAUUAUUAACUCUCAGCGUGCUACUAACAGGACCUUGGCCACAUAAUUGUAAUGUUAGAAAGGUGUGAGGUGGCAGCUCUGAGACAACAGCUGUCAUUAUGGAACAGCAGAAGCUCAGUUUGAAGCGCGAAGUGAGCCUAGUGGGAGCCGUGUCCCUCAUUGGGGGGACAAUGAUCGGCUCGGGGAUCUUCAUGUCACCGCAGACGGUGCUCGCCACCAUUGGCAGCCCAGGAGCUAGCAUGGUGGUGUGGGCGUGCUGCGGCCUGCUGGUCAUACUCGCUUCUUUUUGCUACAUCGAGCUGGGGACAGUCAUAAGAGAAUCCGGGGGCGAGUACAUCUACAUCCUGAAGACGUCAGGCCCGGUGGUCGCCUUCAUGUUAAUCUUUAGCUCCGUCUUAUUCGUGAGACCAGCUGGUGUUGUUGGCAUCGCGCUUAGUUUCUCUCAGUACGUCGUGGCUCCUUUUUACCCGGAUUGUGCGCCUCCAGUGCUGCUUGUCAAGUGCGUGGCCGCUGCUGCAAUUCUAACUUUAGCCACAGUUAACUGCCUUAACGUCCGAUUCUCGAUGUCCGUGCAAGUGUUUUUUAUGGUGACAAAGGUCCUGGCACUGACAGUCAUUAUAGUAGGAGGCGUAGUGAUGUUGUGUAGAGGACAGACUGACAACUUUAAUGACUCUUUUGAAAACACCAAUGUUGGCAUCAAUCCAAUUGGAAUUGCUUUCUACCAGGGGCUGUGGUCAUAUGACGGCUGGAAUAAUCUCAACUAUGUAACAGAAGAACUUAAACGUCCAGAGGUGAAUCUUCCAAGGGCGGUUAUCAUCGCCAUUUCCAUGGUGACAUGUUUGUAUCUGCUGGUGAACGUCAGCUACCUGACAGUAAUGACGCCCAAGGAGCUUGUUUCCUCCAGUGCGGUGGCGGUGACAUGGGGGAACAAAGUGUUAGGGUCCUGGGGGUGGAUCAUGUCCAUAGCUGCAGCUUUGUCAGCUUUUGGCUCAUUGAACGGAACGUUCUUCAGUGGUGGUCGCGUGUGCUUUGUCGCUGCACGGGAAGGACACAUGCCAGACAUCCUGGCGAUGGCUAAUGUGCACAGACUGACUCCCUCUCCGGCACUGAUCUUCACCACCGUGGUUUCACUGCUUGUGCUCAUCCCCGGAGACUUUCAGAGUAUUGUCAACUUCUUCAGUUUCACGGCUUGGUUUUUCUACGCCAUUACACUGUCUGGGCUCCUCUAUCUCAAGAUUAAGAAGCCGGAGCUCCACAGGCCAUAUAAGGUUCCCAUUAUUCUGCCCAUACUGGUCCUCAUCGCAGCAGUGUUCCUGGUGCUGGCUCCCCUCAUCGACGACCCUCAGAUUGAAUACCUCUAUGUGACGCUAUUCAUCUUCAGCGGGAUUCUAAUCUAUAUCCCUUUCAUUCAUUACAAGCUCUGCCCAGGCCUGUUGGAUAAGCUAACAGUAUUCCUGCAGCUGUUUUUACAGGUUGCCCAUGCAGAAAAAAACCUGUGAAAAGGACGCUGGGUAAACAUUCUCUCAGUGCAAAUAAUCAGUACGUUUUUGAAGAAGAACACACACACACAUUAAAGAGGAACAGGAGGAAGAGUGUCUCCUCAGGCAGCAUGAACACAAACCACCUGAGUCCCCACAACUCACAACACAGUCCAAGUAACGAGAACGAAGGGGUGGAGCCUACAAGCACCAAUUCACCACAAAUCAUUGGGCUCCAAAGGGCAUGUUUUCCUAAUGCAUCGUGGGUGCCACAUUUUUGCUGGACCUGAGUUGUGUUUAUUGUAUUUUUUUAACUAUAAAGUGCCCUUAAAAUCCUUUCAUUUUCUCAAAAAUCGAUAGUCCGCCUAACAACCCCUGUGCGCCUAAUUUACGGAUUCAUUCUGGUCGUGUUUACCAACCUUGAAGCAAUUUUAUUCGGUACAUCGUGUAACAAUUGAGAGAUACGUGUGGACACCUGCUCAAUUAUUGACGCUAGCAAGCAACACCAAAACUUUGAUGUUUCAUCGAGAAUAUAACACGAUGCUCAAAAAUCUGACAAAAUGUUUUAGUAUGACUUCAGUAAGCUAAAAAGCCACUCCGCUUGAUGGAACGAAAGCAUUACGGCUACCAUAGUCAGAUGUACUGUGCUUCAUCAUACGGGUAAUAUUAUGGCGUAUAUACAGUGGGGCAAAAAAGUAUUUAGUCAGCCACCGAUUGUGCAAGU